CCUAGUCCCGCUUCCAGGCCCCUUCCCGCGUCGCGACGCAAGCUGCCCUGGGAAGGCCGCGGCGCUGUGGUGCGGCGUGGGUGCCGGGUUCUUUAGUGGAAGAACGCGAAGCGAGGAUGAGUGAUCGGUGGAGGUAUUAACCAGCGGGGCGACAGGGACGUGAUUCCCAAAGAAUCAAGGCUGGACCGGAACCGGUGGCCUGGCAACAGGAUAGGUAAUAUAAGAAAUGAAGCCAACAGGUACAGACCCAAGGAUCUUAUCUAUAGCUGCUGAAGUUGCAAAAAGCCCUGAGCAGAAUGUCCCUCUUAUACUGUUGAAGUUAAAAGAAAUAAUAAACAACACACCUUUAGGAAGCUCAGAGUUGAAGAAAAUCAAACAAGAUAUAUAUUGUUAUGAUCUCAUUCAAUAUUGCCUCUUGGUCCUCAGUCAAGAUUGUUCUCGAAUCCAGGGUGGUUGGACUACCAUUUCCCAGCUUACACAGAUAUUAAGCCAUUGCUGUGUGGGAUUGGAGCCAGGAGAAGAUGCAGAGGAAUUUUACAAUGAAUUACUUCCAUCAGCUGCAGAAAAUUUUCUAGUUUUGGGGAGACAAUUACAAACAUGUUUUAUCAAUGCAGCUAAGGCUGAAGAAAAAGAUGAAUUACUACACUUUUUCCAAAUUGUGAAUGAUUCUCUCUUCUGGCUUGUGGGAGGCCAUGUUGAACUUAUUCAGAAUGUACUACGAAGUGAUCAUUUCUUACACUUACUGCAAGCUGACAAUGUCCAAAUAGGAUCUGCAGUCUUGACGGUGCUACAGAAUAUACUACAGAUCAACAGUGGUGAUUUACUCAGAAUAGGAGGAAAAGCCCUGCAUUCCAUUUUAGAUGAAGUUAUUUUCAAGCUUUUUUCAACUUCCAGUCCAGUCAUAAGAAGUACUGCUACAAAACUCCUACUGUUGAUGGCUGAAUCCCAUCAGGAAAUUUUGAUUUUACUGAGACAAAGUGCCUGCUACAAAGGACUCAGACGUCUACUAAGUAAACAGGAAACUGGGACAGAAGUCAGUAAAGAACUUAGACAGCUCGUAAGCCUUUUAAGCCCAACGGUCUAUCAGGAAGUAGAAGAGCAGAAACUACAUCAAGCAGCAUGCUUGAUUCAAGCCUAUUGGAAGGGUUUUCAGACAAGAAAGAGAUUAAAGAAGCUUCCAUCUGCUGUGAUUGCUUUGCAGAGAAGUUUCAGAUCUAAACGAACAAAGAUGUUGCUGGAGAUAAGUAGGAAGAAGGAAGAAGAGGACCUCAGAUUACAAUUGCAACUUCAAAGACAGAGAGCCAUGAGACUUUCACGAGAAUUGCGGCUGAGUAUGCUGGAAAUAGUUCAUCCAGGUCAGGUGGAGAAACACAAUCGGGAAAUGGAAGAGAAAUCAGCAUUGAUUAUCCAGAAACAUUGGAGAGGGUACAGGGAAAGGAAAAAUUUUCGCCAACAGAGGCAGUCUCUCACAGAGUAUAAAGCAGCUGUCACACUUCAAAGAGCAGCGCUUAAAUUCCUAGCAAAGUGCCGUAAGAAAAAGAAACUAUUUGUUCCUUGGCAAGGACUCCAAGAACUCACUGAUGCACGCCGAAUUGAACUGAAGCAACAAGUAGAUGACUAUGUCAGAAGACAUUCGGGCUCUCCAAUGCCAGAUGUGGUCAGUAGGGAGCUCCAUGCCCAAGCUCAAGAACGACUGCAACACUAUUUUAUGGGCAGGGCCCUAGAAGAGCGAGCCCAGCAGCACAGAGAAGCUCUUAUGGCACAAAUCAGCACCAACGUUGAACAGCUAAUGAUGGUGUUCUGGCACUUCAGAGAGACAUGAGAUUGAGCCCUACUGACAUAACUUGGCACCUAUGAAAGUCUGCCAGGAAGGAAAAAUACAGCUGAAGACUGCUGCAUCCAUGCCCCAGGACGGGGGCCCUCAACUGCAGAAGGUGAACUCACCAGGUGAGCUGGGGGAGAUGGAGCAUUUCUCACUGAGCUCUGCCUGUCAGAACAGCUGCCACAUUAGAUUCUCAAAGGAGCAAGAACCCUACUAUGAACUGUACACAUGAAGACUCUAGGUUGCAUGCUUCCUAUGAGACGCUACUGCUUAAUAAUCUGAGGUGGAAGAAUUUCAUCCCGAAACCACCCCCAAACCCGCCACCUGCCCCUUCUGUCUUCCACAAAACCAGUGCCCUGGUGCCAAAAAGGUUGGGGAACACUACCCCAGCACAUUAAGAAGCCCAGGCCAGAGGAGAUCCAGGAACUUGCUCUUUCAGUCAUCACCUCCCUGUCCCCUUCCUGAAUGUCUGUUUUCUCUGUAUUGCUGAUAGCAAUAAUCUGUCCCCUCGUACAGCUUCCUGUCUAGCACCAGCCCCUACUCUUGUGGAUAAUCUACAGUACAAGCAUGUGGAUGGGGCUUAAAAUCUAGUAGUCCUGCCAGUUACUUGGUUUCCCUGCCUUGAGGACCAAGGAAUUCAGAAGAAUGGUCUUUUUUAGGCUUGGACUAUGUAGUGUUUGGUACACUCUGGAUCCUUCUGGGAAUUUUGCUCAUGUAGGGAAAUACAACAGAUAAAGACCCAGGGCAGGACAAGUAUACAGAGAUAUUUUCAUACAAAAUCCAAAUUUCAUAAAUGAGGCUCAUCUUCACCCCUCAAGAAUCCUGAUUAAUGAGGAUUUUUAAUGUAAUGACGGUAUUUAAAACAACUUCUAGAGACCAGCUAUGUGAGAGAUAUGUACAUUAUUAGGAAGCAGUGUCAGUUGUUGAUGCAAUCUGCAG